AUGCCGACGACGAUCCGCCGCCGCCGGGAUGGCUCAUACACCUUGACCCUCAACGAUGGCCAAACCAUCCACACCGUCGUGACCUCCUCCGCCGACGACGUCGAGGACUGGUUCUACAACAUCGGAACUCUCCCCAGGCGCACCAUUGUCGGCGUCGACGUCAAGUGCCGUCUCCCUCUCGACCCCGAUGAUCGCGUGAUCGCUCUCCUCUCGCUGUGCAUCGGCCGCCGGUGCCUCGUCUUCCAGAUCUUCCACGCUGAAUCGAUCCCCUACGUGCUCCGCACCUUCUUCCGCUACUCCGGCUGCCGCUUCGUGUGCAUGAGUGCGAGGGGGGUCGCCAACGACCUGUGGGAUGAGUGCCGGCUCCGAGUGAGGAACCGGGUGGAUCUUGGGGAAUUAGCGGCGGAGCGCAUGGCCCGGCCCGAUCUGCGGUGGGCGCCGCUUCGCGUCCUGGAGCAGGAGGUGCUAGGGGUGGAGGUGAAUAUUCGGUGUGCGAUAGGCGCCUGGGACCAGAACCCAUUGUCGAAGGUGCAGAUUGCGAGGGCGUGUGCCGCAGUCUUCAUGGCGUCCGAGAUUGGGAGGUGGCUGCUCCAGUAG